AUGAAAGUUGCUGUCAUUUUCGGUGCCAUCGCCGCCCUUGCUGGGCCCGCCGCCGCGUUUUACGGCCAGAUGGCUGCCAGUGCGAUGACAGUUAGCGGAGAGGGUCCCGCCUAUCAACUGAUCACUUUGACCGACUACAAUACUGGAUCAAUUUACUCUGGCGAUCUCAACUACGGCUUUUCGAGCACGCAGGAGUCUGUAUAUUUCGGGGAAGAUACUCCGGGUGGUUACGACUUUUACGCUCUUAUAUGGAGGACCAACGAUGGAUGCCACAACAUUGACUUUCAGGGAGCUUUGAGUUCAGGGCACGGAUAUUGCUGCGGCUCACUGCCAUGCGAUUUUACCGCUUAG